UGAAAGUUGAUUGAGCUGCUUGUGAUCACUUCAGUCUUCUUUGUAUGUGUUUUGUGUUGUCGAAACUCGAAAAUGGGUCAUCACUGCUGCAGCAAACAAAAGGUUAAGAGAGGGUUAUGGUCUCCGGAAGAAGAUGAUAGACUCACCACUCAUAUUAUUAAUCAUGGUCAUGGCUCUUGGAGCUCUGUCCCCAAAUUAGCAGGACUCCAAAGAUGUGGAAAGAGCUGCAGAUUAAGGUGGAUAAACUACUUAAGGCCAGAUCUAAAGAGGGGUUCAUUCACAGAAGAAGAAGAAAGAACUAUAAUUGAAGUACAUAGAAUUCUUGGCAAUAGAUGGGCCCAAAUUGCCAAACAUCUUCCAGGAAGAACAGAUAAUGAGGUAAAGAAUUUUUGGAAUUCUUGCAUAAAAAAAAAACUUCUUGCUCAAGGCUUUGAUCCAAACACUCAUAAUCUCCUUCAAAAGAAGUCCAAAUCUAAGACUAAUCCUACUAAAACUUCUAAUCAUCAUCGGUUUCCAUCGAAUUCGAGCUCGUUAAUCUUCUCAGAUGAUCAUGAAAGCCAAACUUGCUUCCCAAAAGUUGAUAAUGAGAUAGAGUUACAAAAUAACAGUAUCAACUUUGAGUGCAACAACAACUCUGCUAGUUAUACACAAAUGCAUAAUAUUGUACCAACUUCGGAUUUUUCGAGCAAUGAAUUCUUAGCUAUGAACAAAUCUAAUCCCAUUUCUAAUGAUGUUAAUCUAUGUGGUUAUACCUUGGAUGAAAACUCGAUUUGGAGCAAUACAACAAGGUUGGAGAACUUUGAACAACCAAUGCAAACAACCCAAGUGAUUCCAACACAAGAGAUAAUUGGUGGUGCUAAUGAUUAUGACUUGGAUGCCUCGUUGUUCAACAUGUUAAGUAUUAACUAUGGCUUUGAGGACUACCCUGCCUCGACUACGAUUUUACCGGGUGCCGGAGUGUAUGGUGGUGAAAUGGGUUAUGCCAUGGAUCAAGUUGCAUGGUGUGAAGGAAACAACUUUCAAUGUGGAUCUUUUGCCUUGUAGAUGAACUAGAUCGAUAGUUCAUCAAUUAAAAGCAUAAGCUUAUGGUUGAAUAUCUGUACACAAAACAAACCACGUAUACACAUGGACACAUAAUGUAUGUAUGGAUUGGUUAAUCGUGCACACAUGUAAAAAGUUGAUUUGACAAUAUGUGUUAUAAACUAUACAAAAUUACAAAUUUAUCUAUACUUAGUAUUUAAAAACAUAAACCCCAUUUGCCACAUUUAUGUCUUCCAUUCUUUGUACAUUUUGUUAUAAUAAUUUGCGACAUGUCAUUUUAUUGGUUCAUUAUUUAUGUCAUUAGUUAUUGACUUAUUGUAAACUUUUUCAUCUUCCCCAUUUAUGUACCAAUAGCUCUAAUAAUUUUGUAACCUCCCCUUAAAUUCAACAUGUUGAAUGUUUUAAUCUUUUCCUCUUCCCCAUCCAUCUUUCAAAUUCAAUUAAGUUAAAUGUGUUAUUUGCCUCUCCUCCUUUUUCCUCCUUUCUCUUUCCAAAACCCUAGCCUCCAUUGUUGAAUUUUGAAGGGGCUUCCAUCAAUUUUAAUCAGUGGAAAGCUCCAAUCCUUGUUUCUUUAUUGUUUUUUAGGUUUAUAACAAUGCUUCCUCCUUUUGGGAGGAACUUUUCUCCCUCAAAAGAAA